ACUGACUGACACACUCACACUCACACACACUCACACACACACUGACUGACACACUCUCUCUCUCUCUCGGGCUCCCCACCCGGCCUGUUUCCUGUCACUCGCGCUCCGCGCUCCCGGCCCCCGCCCGGCCCCGCACGGACCCGCCCCGAUGCCCCGGCCCGGGCCGGGCGGAGCGAGGGGCGGCGGGUCCAUGGGGCGCAGGCGGCGGCGGGCGCGGGCCGGGCGGGCGCUGGGGCUGGCGGCGGGGGCCGCGCUCGGGCUGGCCGGGCUGGGGCUGGUGCUGGCGGCCUGGGCCUGGGCCCGGAGCACCCCGAGGGAGCUGCCGGAGGAGAUGCCGGGCGCGCUGGAGCUGCUGGCGCCCCCUGUUGGCCGCAACUCCCGGGGCUGGUUCCUGCAGCACCUGGACCAAGGGGACGCGCCACGGGAGAGGAGAUCGGUGUCCAAGGGGAAGAAGCCUCGGGCCCGGAAACCUGCUGCUGCACACUAUAAAGUGGGAUUUCCAGAGAACCCAGCUGGGAUCUACUCAGGGCCUGACGGGACCAUCGGGGGCUGGGAGGAGACGCCGCUCAAUGCCACGAGCCCCUUGCGCUACAAUUUGGCCAGCGGGGAGUUCGCCGUCCUCCGGAGGGGCCUCUACUACCUGUACUGCCAGGUGCAUUUCAACGAGGGCCGGACGGUGUACAUGAAGCUGGACGUGGUGGUGGACGGGGUGCUGGCCCUGCGGUGCCUGGAGCAGUUCCCCCCGACCAGCGCCGGCCCCCAGGACCCCGAACUGCGCGUCUGCCAGGUCUCCGGGCUCCUGCUCCUCCAGCCGCCCUCCGCCCUGCGCAUCCGCACCAUCCCCGGCGUGAGGCUCAAGGCCGAGCACUACCUCACCUUCUUCGGGCUCUUCCAGGGUGUGAGAAGGGAGGCCGAGCCCCGGGCAGCUAGACUCAUUACCAGCUGCCCAAACGGGCGGCUUAUAAAGGCGGAGACGGGUGCCAGCAGACAGUGCCCAGAGGAAGCUAGGAUCCACGGGAAGAGGCCACUGGGCCCAGAGAACCAGCCCCACCAGGGCCCCUCGAUCCUGACCUGUGGGGUGAAGGCCACUAAGCCCCGGAUCGAUGGCUUUCCCAGAGCUGGCACCCGCGUGGCCCUCAUGGCCGGGGCGCCGGGGCACCAGCCACUGGGGGCGCUGUGGUUAGGGGGGGGCGCAGCCCUGGGGGUGCUAGCCUGUCUUACAGCCCUCAUAGCCCAGCAGGCCCACCUGGGAGCCCUGCGCCGGGAACUGGUCCAGCUCCGGGGGGAGCUGGUGGCCGCCAGGACGGGAGAGACCAGGCCCCCUGGAGAGACGCAGGCGCCCGGGGAGCUGGAGUCCCCUCAGGCUGCGGGGGUCCAAGCCCCCCCAGUUUGGCGAAGGGGGAAAAGAGGGUCCGAGUGGAGCUCCAGGGAACGGGACCAGCGACAGCAACACAGGAAACGCUCGGUUCUCCACCUGGCCCCGAGCCAUCGCUCCACCAACAACGAGGGGGACAUGACUGAGAUCUGGUGGCAGCCUUUCCUGCAGCAGGGCCGGGCGCUGGAUGUGACUGGCCCAGACGUCACCGUGAAGCAGACGGGAUUGUACCUCGUCUACAGCCAGGUGCUGUUCCACGACCCCACGUUCACCAUGGGGCAGGUGCUGUGGCGGGCGUCGGCCGGGGGGCCGGGGCAGAUCCUCCUGCGGUGUGUUCAGAGCAUGCCCCGCGAGCCGGAGCAGGCCUAUAACAGCUGCUACAGCGGAGGUGUUUUCCAGCUGCAGCGCGGGGACCAGCUGAGUCUCCGUGUGCCCCGGGCCAACGCGUCCCUCGACCUCAGCCCGCACGGGACCUUCCUGGGCCUGGUCCGCCUCUAGCAGGGCCAGCCACCCCCACUCCCCCAGGCGAGGACGGAACCCAGGCGUCCGGGGAGCUGCAGAGGGACCAGCCCAGAAGGGCCCCAGGUGUCCGGGGAGCUGUAGAGGGACCAGGCCGGAAGGGACCCAGGCGUCCGGGGAGCUGCAGCGGGACCAGGCCGGAAGGGACCCAGGCAUCCGGGGAGCAGCAGAGGGACCAGGCCGGAAGGGAUCCAGGCAUCUGGCCAGACGGGACCCAGGCAUCCGGGGAGCUGCACAGGGACCAGGCCGGAAGGGACCCAGGCAUCUGGGGAGGUGCAGAGGAGGGACCAAGCCGGAAGGGACCCAGGCGUCCGGGAAGUCUGGAGCAAUCCCAGGGCUGUGAUUUUGGGGUACAUCCUGGAAGGGUCUCACCACUGGGGAGGGUGCAGGACUCUGCCCCAGCCACAAGGGGGCACCCCCCGAGGACAGCCUGAAACAAACCAACCCCCCCCCCCGAAAAAACCGAAGGAAAUUCCAGCCAAAAACUUUGUGAAGGGUCGUGAAUGGGACCCUCUGAACAAACAUGCUCAGGAGCACGGUGGCUGGGAGCCCGGACGCCUGGGUUCUCUCUUCAGCUCUGAGUGGGAUCUAGUGGCUUGGAGCAGGGGCGGGGGAGGAGUGGGGCUCGGAGCCAGGACUCCUGGGUUCUUGUUUGGCUUUGUAAGAAGUCCGAGGCUAGGCAGAUGCCACACGGACACAGAGCAAAGGGCCCCAGCCCAAACGACUCUGCCGGUCUGGAAGGAAGGGACCCAGGCGUCCAGGGAGUUGCCGAGGAACGCAGCUGGCCUGGGAGAAAGGGACCCAGGAGUCCAGGAAGCUCAGAGGGCCUCAGCCAGCAUGGAAGGAAGGGACCCAAGCAUCCAAGGAGCCGCAGAGGGCCUCGGCCGGGCUGGGAGAAAGGGACCCUGGCAUCCGGGGAGCCGCAGUGGGGCGUUAGAGGACACCCCGUUUGUUACAGUCCCGGGUCGAAGCAGGGGGGUGGCGGGGGGCUGGGUUCUCCCGGGUGCUCUGCUGUGGGUUUCUUACCUGCUAAUAAAGUAUUCCACAUGCCAAAGUA